UAAUUUUUUAAUCCAAAAAAAUAAAAAAUACACUUAUUUAAAACACCUAAAACAACCCUUUAUUUAAAUUAUCCUCAACAACUAAAUUCAACACAAGUUAAAAAGAAGUCAAAAAAAACAUCUAUGUAUGGAAUGGUAGUAGUGCUCUUCUUUGUAGAGCAGAUCACAGAGCCGCCUUAAUUAUGGAGUUUGUUGUUGUGCCUCCCUCACCAAUGGCCGGUCGCGAGCGGAAGCUCCACAUAGUUAUGUUCCCAUGGCUAGCCUUUGGUCAUAUGAUCCCAUACUUAUACCUCGCCAAAUUCAUUGCCCAAAAGGGUCACAAGAUUUCCUUUGUAUCCACACCCAGAAACAUCCAACGCUUGCCAAAGCUGCCUCCUAAUUUAUCUCCUUUCAUACAUUUUGUUGAGCUCCCGUUGCCCCGCGUCGACGACCACCUCCCCGAAAACGCAGAGGCCACCAUGGACGUUCCCUCCGACCAUAUUCCUUACCUGAAGAAAGCCUUCGACGGACUCGAGACUGGAUUGGCUGGCUUCCUUCAAGCUUCCUCACCUGAUUGGAUCAUUUACGACUUUGCUCCUCACUGGUUGCCCCCAAUCGCCACCAAACUCGGCAUUUCUCGGGCCUUCUUCCUCAUCAUCAACGCCUGGUUUGCAGCUUUCUUUGGUCCUGCGUCGGCUUUGAUCGACAGUUCCGAUGAUACCCCGAUGGAGCCGGAGCAGCUCACUGUCCCACCUAAGUGGGUCCAAUUUCCAACCAACGUAGCCUUUCGCCUCUAUGAGAUAAAGCGAAUCCUAUCCGGUGCAACAAAUAAUGCUUCUGGGGUUUCCGACUUGUAUCGAUUUGGAUCGGCGGUGUUGGGGUGCGACGUCUACGCCAUACGACACUGCCGAGAGUUUGAGCCCCAAUGGUUGACUCUCCUCCAAGAUCUUCAACCCAAACCUGUAAUUCCACUCGGUUUAAUGCCACCGGCGGUGGUUGAAGACAGCGGUGCCAACGAGAUGUGGCUUUCAAUCAGUGAGCGACUCAACAACCAAAACAAUGGUUCUGUGGUUUACGUAGCAUUGGGGAGCGAAGCCAUGCCGAGUCAAGAAGAAGUCACCGAGUUGGCUUUUGGGUUGGAGCUCUCUGGUGUGCCCUUUUUCUGGGCAUUAAGGAAGCCGCCUGGUUCGAACAAGUCCGAAUCUGUGGAGCUGCCCGAUGGGUUCGAGGAGCGAACCAGAAGUCGAGGGGUAGUGUGGAAGAGUUGGGCGCCUCAACUGAAGAUAUUGAGUCAUGAAUCAGUGGGAGGUUUCUUGACUCACUGUGGAUGGAGUUCCGUGAUAGAGGGACUCCAGUUUGGGAAACCACUUAUUAUGUUGCCGUUCAUGCUAGACCAAGGUUUAAAUGCAAGGGUACUCCAUGAGAAGAAGGUUGGGAUUGAGAUACCCAGAGAUGAAGAAGAUGGGUCCUUCACAAGGAACUCAGUGGCCGACUCAAUCAGAUUGGUUGUGGUAGACAAAAACGAGGGAUUAAUUUAUAGGAAGAAAGCCAGAGAAAUGAGUGCCCUAUUUGGUGACAAGGUCCUGCAUGAUCGGUACAUGCACAAUUUUGUUGAGUAUCUCUCCAAAAACAGUAGAUGCGUUCAUGAAGGUUGAGUUUUAAGUUGAAAAUAUGGUUUUAAAUUCCGGUAUUGGAACAUGUAAAAGGGAUGAAAUAAUUGUGAUUUAUUUUUAUUAUAUUUGGAUAACCAAUAAAUAAAUAAUAAAAAGACAAUGUGGGUGUUUGAGAA